AAGAUACGGCCGUGCCUGUGUGUGCGGUAUCUCCGUAUCUGCCCAACCCCGCGCCUCCCCAUUCGCCGCUCCGCCGAGCAUCCCACACGCGCCGCCGUUGCUAUGCUCCUCCGGCCCCGCCCCUUCCUGCUCCAAGCCCUUGCGCCGCUUCCCUUCUCCCGCUCCCCCCUCGCCGUCCGCCGCACGCUCUCAGCUCACGCAGCGGAAGCUGGGGCCGCCUCCCGCGGCGAUGCGGCCCCGCCGGCGCGAACCCGCCACAAGAACUCCAGGAAGGCCGUGCCGCCUGGGGUGUCUGUGAAUACGGCACUGUUCUUCCCACCGGGGGUGGAGCGGGAUGCGGCUGUGGCGGCGGAGAUGUUGAUACCGGGGUCGAACAUCGUGGUGGGGCCGUACGCCGGGGACGCCAGGGUAAAGGAGGCCGAGUUCAUCAAGUGCAGCGCGCACGCGAGGGACUGCCCCAAGGACGACCGCCCCGAGUUCGCUGUCCUUGGCCGCUCCAACGUUGGCAAGUCUUCUCUCAUCAACGCGCUCACCCGCCGCAAGGAAGCCGCGCUCACCUCAAAGAAGCCCGGGAAGACCCAGACAAUUAACCACUUCUUGAUUAACAAGAGUUGGUACCUUGUGGAUUUGCCUGGCUAUGGGUUUGCAGCUGCAUCCAAGUCAGCUCGCAUGGAUUGGUCUUCAUUUACAAAGGGGUAUUUCUUGAACAGAGACACCUUGGUUGGUGUACUGCUCCUCGUUGAUGCUAGUAUUCCACCUCAGCAAAUUGACCUUGACUGUGCCAACUGGCUUGGUCGUAACAAUGUCGGAUUAACCUUUGUGUUCACGAAGUGUGACAAAGUAAAAAAGGGCAAAGGGGGACGGCCUGAUGAGAACAUCAAGGAGUUCCAGGAAAAUAUCAGUUCGUUGUAUCCAGAGCCUCCUCCUUGGAUCAUGACGAGUAGCACUACUGGAUUAGGCCGCGACGGCCUACUCCUCCACAUGUCACAGUUGAGGAACUACUGGGACAACGAAGCAAUCUAGGUCAGGGGUGUUUCAGGGUUGAGACAGCUGCAGCUAGGAGGAACAGUACUGAUAGAGGAGACUAGCUCAGACCAAUAGAAUCCUGACCUUGCGCCGAUGGAUCUUGCUUUCCGGUACACAUAUCUUUUCAGUUUCGUAUCCAGUGUCUAGCCUCUUGAUGUAAAGUGGAGCAUAAUUCAUGAUGUGAAGUUUCUUCUAAUUUCAGCUUGCGGGGUGUUGUCAAAGCUGAUACAGUGGUACUACUCUAGGUCUCCUCUUGUACUCUCUGCUUGUUGUAAAUCUGUCACUUACCUGCGGAAGCAAAGUCUUUAUGAUGUCUGAAUGUACUCGGGCGUAGGCUCCGGGGGGGUGAAUGCAAUAGGCCGAUCUGGAGCAGUACAUUUAUGGUGAAGGCCGUCCAGAAAAUUCAUUGUACUGUACACAAUUAAUUGGACAGAACUAAUCAAUUUUGCACGCUCUUUGUUGGCCGACAGACGGCACA